AUUCUCUUGUCAUUUGUUUCGUGACGUUCACAUUUUUCCAGCUGUGAUUUUAUACGAAGCCCCAAAUAUUUUUUCCUUCAAAUGUAUGACCAAAGAUGGCAGUAAGACGCCCAGACCUGUGUUAAAAGUGGGCCAGAAUGGCCUCAUCGUCCGGAUUUGCACCACCUAAAUUAGAGGACUUCAUUCUUACAGAACGGCUGGGUAGUGGAACCUAUGCCACUGUGUAUAAAGCCUACAGAAAGGCUAACAACAGGGAGGCGGUUGCUGUGAAGGUGGUGGAAAAGAAAACCUUAAACAAAGCCUCAACUGAGAACCUGCUUACAGAAAUAGAAAUCCUCAAGACUGUGAAACAUCCCCAUAUAGUUCAACUGAAAGACUUUGUGUGGGAUUCCCAGAACAUUUAUCUCAUUUUGGAAUGGUGUUCUGGAGGAGAUCUGUCCCGAUUCAUUCGCAGUCGCAGGAUCUUACCUGAGAGGGUUGCCAGACGUUUCCUACAGCAAAUUGCUUGUGCUCUUCAGUUUCUUCAUGAGCGAAAUAUCUCUCACUUGGACUUGAAGCCCCAGAAUAUACUGCUGAGUGGAUCUGUGCUCAAACUGGCAGACUUUGGCUUUGCCCAGUAUAUGUCGCCAUGGGAUGAGAAGAGUGUCCUCAGAGGGUCUCCACUGUAUAUGGCUCCUGAAAUGGUGUGCAGGCGUCAAUAUGACUCCAGAGUGGACCUCUGGUCCGUUGGGGUUAUUCUCUUUGAGGCACUGUUUGGGAAGGCGCCAUUCGCAUCAAAGUCAUACGCAGAAUUGGAGGAAAAGAUCCGCAGUAACCAACCAAUUGAGCUUCCCCCAGGGGUCAAAGUGUCCAAGGAAUGCCGGGACCUUCUGCUGCGGCUCUUGGAGAGAAAUCCAGAUGCCCGGAUCACCUUUGCAGAGUUCUUUACCCACCCCUUUGUGGAUCUGGAGCACAUGCCAAGUGCCGAGAGCUUAGGCAAAGCGAAAAAGUUGGUCAUGCAGGCGGUUCAGAAGGACCAGGAAGGAGACCGGACUACUGCACUCUCUCUCUACUGCAGUGCCCUUGAGCACUUUGUCCCUGCUAUUUUCUACGAAACGGACCGGCAACGCAAGGACUCCCUACGGCAAAGGGUCAGCCAAUAUGUGUCCAGAGCUGAGGAGCUGAAAGCGCUCGUGGCGUCCGACAACAAGCUCAGCUUUGAGGAGGGCCAAAGCUCCAGGGAUGUCCUUCGAGAAAUGUCCAGAGAUCAACCUCGCCUGCUGGCUGCUCUCAGCAUUGCAACUGCUGCUGUUUCGAAGGAGGAGAGUGGAAUGGAAGACCAAGAGGCCUUGGACAUGUACCAGCAGAGCUUAGGUGAACUUCUCUUGGCUCUAGCAGCGGAGCCCCAGGGCCGCAGACGAGAGCUACUACACAAUGAGAUAAAAAGGCUCAUGAGCAGAGCUGAAUACCUCAAAGAGAACAUCAAGAUGCUGGAGACUCAGAAGGCUGUUUCGCUGGACGGAGAACCUCUUGCUGACUCCGUCAGAAGCUCUUGCUGCGUGCAGUGAAGUGGAAUGAACUAAAGGAUCAACUUCCCUCGAAUCAAAGUACUUUAAACUGGAUCAUGAGCAGGUUGACUCCGUCACAUCUCUGUGUUUACCAUCAGACUUGGAAACUGAUAUUCUAUGGCCAGAUGCGACUCAUGUUUCGACUUCUGCAUGAGGCUUACACACAAGUUUGAAUGUCCCCGGUUCGUUCCUCCCUCACCCCACUGCCCCUCCUCCCGACACUUAGCAUUAAUAUGUAAAUGACAGACAGCUUGCAUGACAAUACCUCACUGUCAUGGUAAACCAGUCGCAGUGAUGCAUCAUGGGAGCAGAUUCUAAGCACUUUCAAGUGAAGUAUUAUGAAGUAGCUGCGCUGAGCUUGGCCCAGGUUUCUCUCAUGUCGAUCUGUCUUCAACACUUCUGUUCUUUACUCCUUGGUUUGACACUGUCUUGGGGCUUUAGGGAGUUUGUCUUAAUUCAAAACAAUAUUGCUCCUUAAGUCCUGUUUCUAAACUAAAAAAAAAUACCAGGAUGGAAAAGUGAAUUUAAUAAAUCAUGCAGAAAUGUGUACAUUCUACUGUGAUUUUUUUUUUAUUUGAACAUUUAUAAAGCUGUACUUUUAUAUUGUAUUUAUUGACAGCUGAGAAUAA